AUGCAGUCGGCAUAUUCUGGUUUCGGUGGACUCUCUCAGACGUCUGUCCCCGCUCUAGGCUUCGCUCGAGUCGCUUCCGGUUCGACAGUAUCACGCCAGCAAAUGGCACCAAGUCCAUUCAAUGGGCCUAGCGGUUCGAGGAGCUACGGCCAAGAUUCCUAUCGAGUACCUGCCACGCAAGCGACAAACCCACCUCCUUCGAAUAGGCCGCCAUACUCAACCUUUGCCACUUCAUCCCGCAAUGAAUCACACAAUACACCUCGCCCAUUUCGUGAGGACUCUGGCUGGGCGCCUAGCUUAUCCGACGCGGGCCCGCCGGUCAAUCCCUUUACAACGGCCUCGACCUCGGUCUCGCCCAAAGCAGCACGGCGACCCGAGCCAACGGCUCCAUAUGGCGCAAAUACAUACGGAUCUCCUCUCGAUAUCCGCACCAAAACCCCAAACGCCCAAAUAGCCGCAGCGCAAGCCGCGCGCAAUCUGUAUGCUCAUCGGUCAUCCCCACCUGGGUCAUUGCCCGCGGGCAGCUCUGACAGCAUCCUUCGGCCUUCGAAUAUAUUCUCCCUGAGCCCCCAGCCUCAUCCGCUCCCAUUAAACGUUCUCCGUCGCCACUCUCCCGAAUGGCAACCGAGCCAGAAUUUUUCAAGAGGGAGCGCCGGAACGUCAGACUAUCAAGGAAUGGUUAUCGACUCAUCUGGUGAUUAUUAUCCUCGCCACGACGGCCGGAUCGCCAGCAUUCCGACUCAACCCUUAAUAAUCCCUGUCAGCGACCUCACUCCUAUCGAUGUUAAUCCGGCUGCUUCAAAUACUACCGGAGAAAUACAAAUGUGUGUUGUAUGCUUUGAACAGGGGUCGGACGUUCGCUUCGCCGCCCGUAGUCCUACUGCAUCCUGUCAUCAUGGGGCGACGGUCUGCGUGAGCUGUCUCGAGCAACACAUAUUGAUAGCCAUACACAAGUCCAGAAGCGUUGGUAUUAGAUGUCCCCACGACGGAUGUGGAAAGAUGCUGGAAUACCAAGAUGUCUAUUGCUCUGUACGAGAUUGGAGCAUGCUUGCAUACUAUGAACAACUCUUGAUCAGACGGGAAAUGGGUAACACCGAGCAAUUCGUAUGGUGCAAGAAUCCGAUUUGUACCUCUGGGCAGGUGCAUAAACCCGGGCCCAACCAGCCCAUUGUGACUUGCAACACUUGCCAUCAAAAAUCCUGCUAUGUCCAUGACCGGCCCUGGCACGAAGGUUUAUCAUGCGAAGAUUUUGACAUCAAGUUGCGCAGGUAUGAGGAACAAGAUCGAGCUACCCGAGCGUAUUUGGCCAAAAACACCAAGUCGUGCCCAAAGUGCAAGCGCAAGAUCGAGCGAAAUGGAGGGUGCGACCACAUGACAUGUCAGCGGCCGGGGGGAUGCGGACAUGAGUUUUGUUGGGAAUGCUUAGCUGACGGAGGCAGUCACAAGCCCGGAUGUUCGCAUCUACCAUCCAGGAUUCGUCGUCGAUGUAUAACGGUUCGACGUCCAUGA